AUGACUAGAGACUCGCCUCUUUGGGUCGUCGGCUACGGCUCGCUGCUGUGGAAGCCGCCGCUCCACGAACUGGACAUCUCGCGCGAGUUCGUCAGGUUCCCCGGCUACAUCCAGGGCUACGCCAGACGCUUCUGGCAGAGCAGUUACGACAACAGGGGCACCCCCGAGCAGAAGGGCCGUGUGGUGACGAUUAUUCCGAGCGACAAGAUCGUCGACACGCCGGCGUUCAAGCCCGAUAUACUCAAAUACGAGCUGGCAGGCAACACAGAGGCACACGAGAUCGUCAACGACAGCGCUCGGCUCUACUCCGAGCUUCGGGUCUGGGGGUGCAUCUACUACAUUCCGCCGCAGUAUGCCGCCAUGGCAACACAAUACCUCGAUUUCAGAGAGAAAGACGGCUACACGAUCCACAAGAUCCACUUCAACGUGACAGACCCCUGUGGCCACGAAGACGUGUUGCAGGGCUUGCCGUGCGAAAACGGCCGGUACAUCGUCGAGUCGAUGAUCUACAUCGGAACGGUCGAUAACGAGUCGUUUGUGGGGCCCGAGGACUCCGACGCGACGGCAAAGGUGAUCCACAAGUCUGCCGGCGAGUCCGGGCCCAACGACGAGUAUCUGCUUCUGUUGCAUCGCGAGGUCGAAAAGAUGGGCGGCGAUCCAUAUCUGGAAGACCUGGUGAGUCACCUCGGCCGGCUGGAGUAG